ACUCCCUCCUCGUCGCUUGCCACAAGUCCUCGGGCGUCCGUCGAUCAUACCGCAUACCGCCGGCGCAGUCCUCGCCGGCGCUGGACGGGGUGAAGUUUUAGAUCACCAGAGGGGCAUUUUUCUCUCAUCGGGCAGUAGAAGUUUUGGAUCUUAUCCAGCUAGCCUCCAAUCCAUCAUGGAUCAUGACGGCACGAACCUGGCUGUCAAUGAGGCUGUGCGCUCGGUGCAGCUGCUCAAGAUUGACGGCUACAGCGCCACCGCUACCAUGAGCGAGUUGGAUUUCAUCAAAUCCAGAAGGAACCUCGCUGGCCACGAGUGGGAGGUCCUUUUCUAUCCUCAGUUCAGCCGUUACGGUGGCUGCAUAGCUUUGAAGCUCGUCCUUGUCAGUGAACCCCCGAGGGACAAGGACAAGCUGCUGAGGGCGAGCCUGAGAUGCCGCCUUGUAUGCCCUAGCCAGCCGCAUCUCCAUGCCUCCAUAGAGAAGAGCGUGUCCCAUGUAUUUACCAGUGACUCUAGAUGCUCGUCUGAAGUUAUCCUCAUCCCAAAAUAUGAGCUACCAUCAUCAGGUUACCUCGUGAACGAUUCACUGACCGUGGAAUGCACGGUCACCGUGCUACGCGACUUGGACGCCACGGCUAAGGUGCUGUCCCUGCCAGUGCCACUGCCACCACCCUCCGACCUACACCAGCACUUCGAUGAGCUGUUGCAGAGCAAGAAUGGAGCGGACGUCACGUUCCGUGUCUCCGGGAAGUCAUUCGCCGCCCACAAGGCCAUUCUCGCCGCAAGGUCCCCGGUUUUCAUGGCUCAGUUCUUCGGAGGCAUGAAGGAAAGAAGCUCUGCUCAUGUGGAGAUCAGAGACAUGGACUCUGCUGCGUUCAGUUCCAUGCUUCACUUCAUCUAUACCGACAUGGUCCCAGAGCUCGACGGUGCCCAGGAGCCUGAGGCGGCAGCGAUCAUGGCUCAGCACCUACUGGUAGCUGCUGACAUGUAUGGGCUGAACAGGCUGAAGCUGAUAUGUGAAUGCAAGCUCUCUGGUGGCAUCGACAUCGGCACGGCGGCUUCGACGUUGGCUCUCGCCGAACAGCACGACUGCUCGCUGCUCAAAGCCAAGUGUCUCGAGUUCAUCACCAGGUCGCCUGAGACACUUGAAGCUGUCCUGGCAACUGAUGGAUACGCGCAUCUGGCGGCAAGCUGUCCCUUGGUUCUGGCUGAACUACUGAUGGCUGCGCGUGGAAGGAAGAUCUGAGCUGGAUGAUGGUUUUCGUUGACAGUCCUAUUAUUACUAGUUUUUAAUUAUCCCUUCCUCGUAUGAUGAGUUGCUUGGCUUCUCAUAUUUUGGUUAUGGUUUCCCAAGAUGUAUGGCCUAAAGCAUGAUGAACUAGUGCUUGCAGUUGAUUUCCC